UCAAAACUCUCUACCCUGUUUCAUCUCUUUCAAGUCUUUACCAAAGAUGGAUUCAAGGGUUACUUACAGAGACAAUUCGCAGGCAAUUUCCUUAGGUGAUGAACGAGUCAAAUAGAUCUCCUCAAAGGACAAGUUAUGAUGCCGUACAAACAAUUGGUUUGCUUACAUGUUUUGGAAGUUGACUUAGAAGCCUUCCUCCUCCCCAUCCAGUUGUCAGUAGAAUAUAUCCAUGUCGAAAUGACAGCAGAAAUGAAUCAUCAUUGUUUCGCUUAUUCAAAAGUAUAAAACAUUAAUCAAAACAUUGGAUCAUCAACUUGCACAUUCUUUUAUCUCCAUUUCUAAACCGAAGAAAUUCCGAAGACGAAGCAGAAUUCUAAUCUGCAGAGAGAAUUUUGUGAAAGAUGAGUAAUAGUAAGUGGAAGAAGAUUUGGCCAAUUCAUGACAACACAAGGAGCGUUAAGGUCCAGCUUGUGAUUCAUGAUUUGAAAACUUUGCAGAUACCUUCUGGUUUGACAGAAGAUAUCAGUGCUGCUGAGAAUUUGAUUGUCAGGAUAGAAUGGAAAGGUUUGAAAAACGGAAGAGCUUUACUGCCCAAAGGAGCGCCGAAGAAUUGCACGUCAAGGCAGGGGAUCAAACCCGACGGCAGUGUCAACUGGGAUGAAGGGUUUGACCAUGACUGUAAGAUUAAAUUGAUGGAUGAUUCCCAGAGUUUCAAAAGCUGGUUCAUACACCUUGAGGUUCAAGAAAUGAAUCAGAAAACGAAUGCUUUAGCUUCGGUGCUCGCCAAAGCUGAGAUUGAUAUAGCCGAAUUUGUAUCAGCAACUACGUCGAAGAGCACAAUCAGUUUACCAGUCAACUGCACUUUCAGAGGCACUACAGCGGAAGCAACCUUGACGAUGGAACUCAAUUUCUUUGACGUCCAAAGCAAAGGGAGCAAUGGGUCAGUGUACCCACUAGCUUCAUGCAUGAGGCUUCCUCAACAUCAUCGGAAAACAUCCAAAGACUUUGAUGAUCGUCCGGAGAAGAAUGAAGCUAGCACGUCUACGUCUCCUCCUAAGCACUCAAUUGAUUCUUCUGCAAUAUCACAAGGCGAGGAGGAGCCUGCACUAGGUUACAGGAAUCUGAAUGCAACAAAUAUCCUCCUUGUAGACCUUGAUAAUACCAAGACUGAAAGCGUCAAAGAAGGUAAAAGGGAACAACUCCCAGCGGAUCAGCAGAUUAAAGCACCUCGUGCCAAACUGAUCAGACGCCUUUCAUGGAACAGAAAAAAACCGCUGAACUUCAGAAGCCUUAGUCAUCCUAGAGACACCCCACUGCUGAACAAAAGCAAUGGUGAGGGUGGAGGGGAUGAUAUCGACAACGAUCGACGCUACCAGUUGAUACCCCCGGAACAAAAUCCAGUUCAGGACAACACUACUAAAGUCAGCAACAAUGCCUUCCAGGAUUCUGAGUUUGCAGGCAGUGACCGGUUUGAGAUUGGGGAUUGGGAAGAAAAAAAAUUGGUAAGCAGAGAUGGAAAAAUUGAACUAGUUACCAAGGUAUUCCUUGCUUCCAUUGACCAGCGGAGUGAAAAAGCUGCGGGCGAGAGUGCCUGUGCAGUUCUUGUUGCUGUGAUUGCUUACUGGCUGCACCAAAAUCCGAGAAACCUGCCACUCAAAUGCGAGCUGGAUAAAUUGGUACGGGAAGGCUCUUCAGAAUGGAGAAAUCUCUGCGAGAAGGAGAUUCACUGGAAUACAUUUGCAGACCGGCAUUUUGACCUUGACACUGUGUUACAGGAAAAGAUACGACCACUAUCUGUGGUUACGGAGAAGUCGUAUGUAGGUUUCUUCAAAGUCAGUGAUAACGCUGAGCACCUGGAGUAUAUGCAAGGUGCUCUGUCUUUUGAUGAUAUAUGGGAGGAGCUCCAGAAAAAUGAAGCAACUUCCGAAGAACAAGUUUACAUAUUGAGCUGGAACGACCACUUUUUUGUUCUGAAGGUAGAAGCUGAAACAAUUUACAUAAUUGACACGCUAGGGGAGAGGCUAUACGAGGGCUGUGACAAAGCCUACAUUUUGAUGUUCAAUAAAGAUAGUAGAAUCUCAAGAAUUUUGCCAAAAGAAAGCACCGGAAAUACGAAAACAAAGGAAAAGGCGGAGACUAAGGCAAAAUCGAAGGAAAAGGCAGAGACUAAGGCAAAAUCAAAGGAUAAGGCAGAGACUAAUGUGAAAUCAAAGGAAAAGGCAGAGGCUGAUGCGGAGGCUGCUGGCAGACAAGUGGGCGACGAAACACCAAGAGAAAUAAUAAGUGAAGGAAAAGCUGCUUGCAAAGAUUAUAUCAAGGAAUUUCUAGCAUCUCUUCCACUGAGAGAACUGCAAGAAGAAAUUGAAAGAGGAGGGACGGUACAAUCUUCACUACAUCACAGGCUGCAAAUUGACUGCCACUACACUGCUCCUUGCACUUAGAUUUAUAUUUACACAAUUUUAGUAACUUGAAUGGGAAAAACAUUUUUAUGAAA